CGCUGCUCGUGCUUACAGGAAGUAUUGAAUUGCCUGGAGGGUAGCUAUCUGCUGUCUCUGCCUGUUGUGUUUAUUAAAUCAGUCGCUACAUAUCGCUGGUCCAGUGCGUGGAUGCUGCCUUCACUGUCUCCUGGUCUCCAUCCUUCCAUUUCAGAGUCUCCUUGUGUGUGCAAGUUGAUAGUGUGUGCACCUGAGUGUGUACAUGUGUGCGUAAAUUCACUCUUGACCUAUUGAUGUGAGUGUGUUGCUUAAGAGUAGUGUAUGAGAGUGUGUGUGUGUCUGUGUCAAUACCCCCCGGCCCAUCAUGUCCCUGCGUCCCUCAAUGCUCCAGCUGAGUCCAUGGGUGUGUCUCCACCUCUUCUGCCUGCUGCUGCUCCACACUGCAUCCUCCUCCACAGUAGCUAAAAAGGACCCAGUCCUGGCCGAGCCCCAAACUCAGCUCAACACAACUCAAGGUGAUAACGGUGGUGAGGGUGAAAAUGCAGCAGAUCCAAAACUGGUAGAAAAUCCUCCAAAAGUCAACCCCAACUUACCUUUAACCGUCAACCACGUCUCUGUCAGCCACCAUCUAAAAGAGUCUGCGGUACCCUCGAUCCCUCUCAGCCAUUCUGAAGGAGGAGACUAUCACCAACCAACCAUGGCCCCACCAUCCAAUCAGCAGCCGGCGCUACCAGACCAUCAGAAUCGAACAACAGAGACGGUCACUCAGCCUGCAGCCACUCUGCCGUCUUCCACCGCAGGCUCACCCGCGCAGGCUACAAACAUCACUAGCACCGCUGCUAAAGCAUUAACAAAUGCAGAGCCUGAGAGGAAUGUGUUCACAACCACUGAACUGGUGACUUCUACAAACACAACACCACCAGCUGCUACUACAACAACAAACACAACAACAACUACAACUACCACAAAGACUUCUACAGCAGCAGCAACAUCUACAGCAGCAGCAACUUCUACAGCAUGCCACCACAACCGUUGCUAUAGCUACAACCACAGGUACAAAGAUGCCACCACCACCACCACCAGCAGUUGCCACGCCACAGCCAAACGUCCCAAGUACUGGGAUUCCACCAGUUCAGACCUCUGCACCCAGAGGACCUGUUACCAGUGCCAGUCCUACCGCCAAUCCCAAGGAGCAGGUCACCACGGGAACAAGGGUCGCCGUGGUAGAUGUCGCAGGGGCUGCUCUGACGAGGCCUAUGAGAGCUACAGGAGGAAGGACUACACGCAGGUGGACUACCUGAUCAACGGCAUGUACACGGACUCCGGGGUGUGA